AUGGAUGCCUUCGAGAGUUAUUUCCGAGCGGCGGACACGAAUGGCGACGGAGUCAUUAGCGGGGCGGAGGCUGUGUGGCAGUACUCGGACGUGCGUCAGGCUGGCUCCCUCACGCGCCCCGAGUUCUUCAACGCGCUGCGCCUCGUCACUGUAGCGCAGUCGGGCCGCGACCUCACCCCUGACCUCGUGCGUGCCGCGCUCAACGGCCCUGCCGCCUCGCAGAUUCCUCCUCCGCGCAUCGCUGGAGCCGCUGCUCCCACUGCUCCGUCUCCUGCCGCUGGUGCUCCUGCGGGUGGUUCGGGAGGGCUGACAGCAGCAGCGGCAGCGGCAGGGCUGAAGCCGAAGCAGCCUGGCGCUCUGUCGGACGUAUUUGCUGAGUUUGGUUCGUUUGAUGUCAAGUCUAAGUCCGUGCAGCCUACCAGGCCUGCACCUGCUGUUGCCACGUCCGCCUCUGCUGCCCCUUCUGCCCCUACCACUGCCGGCCCUGCUGCUGCUGACCAAAGCAUGUCCUCUACUGCGCAGCCUCCUCCUGCCCCUGCUCCGGCUCCUGCUCCUGCAGCUCCUGCUGCGUCCGAGCCCACAGCAGCAGGUUCAGGAGCUGCAGAUGCGGGUACGCAGGCAGCAGCACCAGUACAGGACGCAGACAAGAAGGGUGUUGGUGGAUUGAGCACAGGAGCAGCAGGUGCAGCAGCAACAUCGGACGGAGCAGGAGGGAAGGUGAAACGGACAGCAGACGACAUCGCAAAGGCGUCCCUGAAUGCGUUCCUUAUAGGAGGUGUUUCAAACGCCAUGGUGCCCAAGCAACCCCCAGGCACAACCCCAGCCCCAGCAGCAGUAGCAGGAGCGGCAGGAACAGGGCAGUUCGCAAGCCAAGCCAUCGUGCCUGCGGCUGCUGCUUCUGGUGCUGUUGUCGCUGCUGGGAUGGCAGCAGCAACAGCAGGGGGGGCAGCGGCAGCAGCAGGGGGGCCAGCAGGAGGGGGGUAUGUGAUGGUUCCAGGUGACCCUCAGCCAUGGCCCCGGCUCACAGUCGCAGAGGUGCAGCGCUGUGCACAGGUGUUUAGUGCGGUGGACACGGAUAGAGAUGGGAAGAUCACAGGAGAGCAGGCGAGGAAGCUGCUGAUGAGCUACAAGGUCCCCAUCGACGUGCUGAAGCGGGUGUGGGACAUGGCAGACCAGGACAAGGACGGCAUGCUCACCCUGCGAGAGCUCUGCACCGCUCUGUACCUCAUCAACCAUGUGAAGGCGGGCCGACAGCUGCCGCCCACCCUGCCCCAGGGCAUUCACUUGGAUGAGCAGGUGCCACCCCCUGCUGCUGCGUCUUCUGCGCCUGCUGCUGCUUCAGCCGCUGUGUCAGCCAGCGCAGCCGGCCCUACUGCUGCUGCUGCUGCUGGGCCGGGAGGGGAGGGAGGAGGGGGUGCAGCAGGUGGGGCUGGUGCACCAGCAGUUACUGCUUGGAGACACCAGCCAGUGAGUGGCACACCCGAGCAGCAGCAGCAGCAGCAGCAACAGCGACCAACAGUAGUGCUGACGGGCGUGGGGCAGAUGCCAGUGCCAGCAGAAGCAGGAGACGUGGAUGCGUCACGGCCCGUGUACCGCUCGCAGGCGCCCGACCUGGAGGCGGAGAAGGUGGCUCAGCUGGAUGCGGAGGAGCGGGAGAAGCUUGAGAGCAAGCACAAGGAGGCGGAGGAGAUUGGGAAGAAGGUGUGGGAGACGGAGCUACAGAUAGCGGACUACAGGCGCAAGAUCGAUUUCUACCGCAUUAAGAUGCAGGAGAUCAUCAUGUUCAAGAGCCGCUGUGACAACCGCUUGAACGACGUCACGGAGCAAGUAGCAGCGGAGAAGAGACAUUACGACAUGCUGUGCAAGCGCUACGACGAGCGCUUCAAGGCGUCCAUGCCAGGUGUCAAGUCACGAUUGGCCUACGAGGACAGUGUGCUCAAGGAGCUGCAGGAGCGCAAGGCAGAGCUGAUGGAGGUGGUGUCGCGAUUCCGUGCCACCACCACCGCUGACGCCUCCGACCUGCUGCAGGGCCGGGCGGACAAGCUGGGCAUGGACCUGGAGGACGCACGGAGGGCCAUGAACAGGCAGGCCAAGGACCUGGGCCUCAAAGUGCGCCCGCUGCUCGGCGCUGCCUCCGGGCCUGAUGCGUGGCGCGUGGCCCUACAGGAGAACAUGGCGGACUGUGAUGAUGACUGGGACGAGUUCAUGGACCAAGGUGAGCAUGGGUCAUGGACCAAGGUCAGAGUGCCAAGCCAAAUGGUGGGCGAGCGGAAGGUGGUGUGUGUGUCACAUGCCUGCGUGCCCCCCGCUGCGCCUCGCCACUGCAUGUCCACUUUCCACUGCAUGUCCACUUUCCACUGCCCCCAUGUUUCCACUUUCCACUGCCCCCAUGUUUCCACUUUCCACUGCCCCCAUGUUUCCACUUUCCACUGCCCCCAUGUUUCCACUUUCCACUGCCCCCAUGUUUCCACUUUCCACUGCCCCCAUGUUUCCACUUUCCACUGCCCCCAUGUUUCCACUUUCCACUGCCCCCAUGUUUCCACUUUCCACUGCCCCCAUGUUUCCACUUUCCACUGCCCCCAUGUUUCCACUUUCCACUGCCCCCAUGUUUCCACUUUCCACUGCCCCCAUGUUUCCACUUUCCACUGCCCCCAUGUUUCCACUUUCCACUGCCCCCAUGUUUCCACUUUCCACUGCCCCCAUGUUUCCACUUUCCACUGCCCCCAUGUUUCCACUUUCCACUGCCCCCAUGUUUCCACUUUCCACUGCCCCCAUGUUUCCACUUUCCACUGCCCCCAUGUUUCCACUUUCCACUGCCCCCAUGUUUCCACUUUCCACUGCCCCCAUGUUUCCACUUUCCACUGCCCCCAUGUUUCCACUUUCCACUGCCCCCAUGUUUCCACUUUCCACUGCCCCCAUGUUUCCACUUUCCACUGCCCCCAUGUUUCCACUUUCCACUGCCCCCAUGUUUCCACUUUCCACUGCCCCCAUGUUUCCACUUUCCACUGCCCCCAUGUUUCCACUUUCCACUGCCCCCAUGUUUCCACUUUCCACUGCCCCCAUGUUUCCACUUUCCACUGCCCCCAUGUUUCCACUUUCCACUGCCCCCAUGUUUCCACUUUCCACUGCCCCCAUGUUUCCACUUUCCACUGCCCCCAUGUUUCCACUUUCCACUGCCCCCAUGUUUCCACUUUCCACUGCCCCCAUGUUUCCACUUUCCACUGCCCCCAUGUUUCCACUUUCCACUGCCCCCAUGUUUCCACUUUCCACUGCCCCCAUGUUUCCACUUUCCACUGCCCCCAUGUUUCCACUUUCCACUGCCCCCAUGUUUCCACUUUCCACUGCCCCCAUGUUUCCACUUUCCACUGCCCCCAUGUUUCCACUUUCCACUGCCCCCAUGUUUCCACUUUCCACUGCCCCCAUGUUUCCACUUUCCACUGCCCCCAUGUUUCCACUUUCCACUGCCCCCAUGUUUCCACUUUCCACUGCCCCCAUGUUUCCACUUUCCACUGCCCCCAUGUUUCCACUUUCCACUGCCCCCAUGUUUCCACUUUCCACUGCCCCCAUGUUUCCACUUUCCACUGCCCCCAUGUUUCCACUUUCCACUGCCCCCAUGUUUCCACUUUCCACUGCCCCCAUGUUUCCACUUUCCACUGCCCCCAUGUUUCCACUUUCCACUGCCCCCAUGUUUCCACUUUCCACUGCCCCCAUGUUUCCACUUUCCACUGCCCCCAUGUUUCCACUUUCCACUGCCCCCAUGUUUCCACUUUCCACUGCCCCCAUGUUUCCACUUUCCACUGCCCCCAUGUUUCCACUUUCCACUGCCCCCAUGUUUCCACUUUCCACUGCCCCCAUGUUUCCACUUUCCACUGCCCCCAUGUUUCCACUUUCCACUGCCCCCAUGUUUCCACUUUCCACUGCCCCCAUGUUUCCACUUUCCACUGCCCCCAUGUUUCCACUUUCCACUGCCCCCAUGUUUCCACUUUCCACUGCCCCCAUGUUUCCACUUUCCACUGCCCCCAUGUUUCCACUUUCCACUGCCCCCAUGUUUCCACUUUCCACUGCCCCCAUGUUUCCACUUUCCACUGCCCCCAUGUUUCCACUUUCCACUGCCCCCAUGUUUCCACUUUCCACUGCCCCCAUGUUUCCACUUUCCACUGCCCCCAUGUUUCCACUUUCCACUGCCCCCAUGUUUCCACUUUCCACUGCCCCCAUGUUUCCACUUUCCACUGCCCCCAUGUUUCCACUUUCCACUGCCCCCAUGUUUCCACUUUCCACUGCCCCCAUGUUUCCACUUUCCACUGCCCCCAUGUUUCCACUUUCCACUGCCCCCAUGUUUCCACUUUCCACUGCCCCCAUGUUUCCACUUUCCACUGCCCCCAUGUUUCCACUUUCCACUGCCCCCAUGUUUCCACUUUCCACUGCCCCCAUGUUUCCACUUUCCACUGCCCCCAUGUUUCCACUUUCCACUGCCCCCAUGUUUCCACUUUCCACUGCCCCCAUGUUUCCACUUUCCACUGCCCCCAUGUUUCCACUUUCCACUGCCCCCAUGUUUCCACUUUCCACUGCCCCCAUGUUUCCACUUUCCACUGCCCCCAUGUUUCCACUUUCCACUGCCCCCAUGUUUCCACUUUCCACUGCCCCCAUGUUUCCACUUUCCACUGCCCCCAUGUUUCCACUUUCCACUGCCCCCAUGUUUCCACUUUCCACUGCCCCCAUGUUUCCACUUUCCACUGCCCCCAUGUUUCCACUUUCCACUGCCCCCAUGUUUCCACUUUCCACUGCCCCCAUGUUUCCACUUUCCACUGCCCCCAUGUUUCCACUUUCCACUGCCCCCAUGUUUCCACUUUCCACUGCCCCCAUGUUUCCACUUUCCACUGCCCCCAUGUUUCCACUUUCCACUGCCCCCAUGUUUCCACUUUCCACUGCCCCCAUGUUUCCACUUUCCACUGCCCCCAUGUUUCCACUUUCCACUGCCCCCAUGUUUCCACUUUCCACUGCCCCCAUGUUUCCACUUUCCACUGCCCCCAUGUUUCCACUUUCCACUGCCCCCAUGUUUCCACUUUCCACUGCCCCCAUGUUUCCACUUUCCACUGCCCCCAUGUUUCCACUUUCCACUGCCCCCAUGUUUCCACUUUCCACUGCCCCCAUGUUUCCACUUUCCACUGCCCCCAUGUUUCCACUUUCCACUGCCCCCAUGUUUCCACUUUCCACUGCCCCCAUGUUUCCACUUUCCACUGCCCCCAUGUUUCCACUUUCCACUGCCCCCAUGUUUCCACUUUCCACUGCCCCCAUGUUUCCACUUUCCACUGCCCCCAUGUUUCCACUUUCCACUGCCCCCAUGUUUCCACUUUCCACUGCCCCCAUGUUUCCACUUUCCACUGCCCCCAUGUUUCCACUUUCCACUGCCCCCAUGUUUCCACUUUCCACUGCCCCCAUGUUUCCACUUUCCACUGCCCCCAUGUUUCCACUUUCCACUGCCCCCAUGUUUCCACUUUCCACUGCCCCCAUGUUUCCACUUUCCACUGCCCCCAUGUUUCCACUUUCCACUGCCCCCAUGUUUCCACUUUCCACUGCCCCCAUGUUUCCACUUUCCACUGCCCCCAUGUUUCCACUUUCCACUGCCCCCAUGUUUCCACUUUCCACUGCCCCCAUGUUUCCACUUUCCACUGCCCCCAUGUUUCCACUUUCCACUGCCCCCAUGUUUCCACUUUCCACUGCCCCCAUGUUUCCACUUUCCACUGCCCCCAUGUUUCCACUUUCCACUGCCCCCAUGUUUCCACUUUCCACUGCCCCCAUGUUUCCACUUUCCACUGCCCCCAUGUUUCCACUUUCCACUGCCCCCAUGUUUCCACUUUCCACUGCCCCCAUGUUUCCACUUUCCACUGCCCCCAUGUUUCCACUUUCCACUGCCCCCAUGUUUCCACUUUCCACUGCCCCCAUGUUUCCACUUUCCACUGCCCCCAUGUUUCCACUUUCCACUGCCCCCAUGUUUCCACUUUCCACUGCCCCCAUGUUUCCACUUUCCACUGCCCCCAUGUUUCCACUUUCCACUGCCCCCAUGUUUCCACUUUCCACUGCCCCCAUGUUUCCACUUUCCACUGCCCCCAUGUUUCCACUUUCCACUGCCCCCAUGUUUCCACUUUCCACUGCCCCCAUGUUUCCACUUUCCACUGCCCCCAUGUUUCCACUUUCCACUGCCCCCAUGUUUCCACUUUCCACUGCCCCCAUGUUUCCACUUUCCACUGCCCCCAUGUUUCCACUUUCCACUGCCCCCAUGUUUCCACUUUCCACUGCCCCCAUGUUUCCACUUUCCACUGCCCCCAUGUUUCCACUUUCCACUGCCCCCAUGUUUCCACUUUCCACUGCCCCCAUGUUUCCACUUUCCACUGCCCCCAUGUUUCCACUUUCCACUGCCCCCAUGUUUCCACUUUCCACUGCCCCCAUGUUUCCACUUUCCACUGCCCCCAUGUUUCCACUUUCCACUGCCCCCAUGUUUCCACUUUCCACUGCCCCCAUGUUUCCACUUUCCACUGCCCCCAUGUUUCCACUUUCCACUGCCCCCAUGUUUCCACUUUCCACUGCCCCCAUGUUUCCACUUUCCACUGCCCCCAUGUUUCCACUUUCCACUGCCCCCAUGUUUCCACUUUCCACUGCCCCCAUGUUUCCACUUUCCACUGCCCCCAUGUUUCCACUUUCCACUGCCCCCAUGUUUCCACUUUCCACUGCCCCCAUGUUUCCACUUUCCACUGCCCCCAUGUUUCCACUUUCCACUGCCCCCAUGUUUCCACUUUCCACUGCCCCCAUGUUUCCACUUUCCACUGCCCCCAUGUUUCCACUUUCCACUGCCCCCAUGUUUCCACUUUCCACUGCCCCCAUGUUUCCACUUUCCACUGCCCCCAUGUUUCCACUUUCCACUGCCCCCAUGUUUCCACUUUCCACUGCCCCCAUGUUUCCACUUUCCACUGCCCCCAUGUUUCCACUUUCCACUGCCCCCAUGUUUCCACUUUCCACUGCCCCCAUGUUUCCACUUUCCACUGCCCCCAUGUUUCCACUUUCCACUGCCCCCAUGUUUCCACUUUCCACUGCCCCCAUGUUUCCACUUUCCACUGCCCCCAUGUUUCCACUUUCCACUGCCCCCAUGUUUCCACUUUCCACUGCCCCCAUGUUUCCACUUUCCACUGCCCCCAUGUUUCCACUUUCCACUGCCCCCAUGUUUCCACUUUCCACUGCCCCCAUGUUUCCACUUUCCACUGCCCCCAUGUUUCCACUUUCCACUGCCCCCAUGUUUCCACUUUCCACUGCCCCCAUGUUUCCACUUUCCACUGCCCCCAUGUUUCCACUUUCCACUGCCCCCAUGUUUCCACUUUCCACUGCCCCCAUGUUUCCACUUUCCACUGCCCCCAUGUUUCAUCUUUCUCCACCGCCCCCAUGUCACACCCGCUCUCCAUUCUGCUUCGCAGUGGUGCGAUCGUGCACGUGCGACCUGCUGGGGGCAGACGACGGCGAGCCGGUCUCACAGAGCUCACAACCACCCACCUCUUUCCAACCCGCACUCCCCAUCCACCCUUCCUCAUCCUCUCAUACACCCCUCCACAGGCUUCUCAGUGCUGCGAUCGCGCACGGACGAUUUGCUGGCGGGGGGACCACGACGAGCCGGCGCCCCUCAUCCCCCUCAGCCCCGUCACCCUCUCCACCCCUCCUGUUUGCCCCCCUUGCUGCCCCCACCUUCCUCCCCCCUGUGCAGGCUUCUCAGUGGUGCGAUCGCGCACGGACGACCUAUUGGGGGGAGACGACGACGAGCCAGCGCCCCUCAUCCCCCUCGGCCCCGUCACCCCCUCCACCCCGUCCCUCGCCCCCGCUGCUGCCCCGCCCCCCGCUGCCGCUCCUGCCGCUGCCGGCGCUGCUGGUGAGGGUGCUGCUGGUGGUGCUGGUGGCGGUGCUGUGUCGGCUUGGGCCCUACUGGAGGAGGAGGAGGCGAGGAGGGCGCGGGAUGAGGUGGAAGAGGAUGGGGAGAGAGAGGAGGAAGAGGAGGAAGGGAGGGAGGAGAGUAGUGGGGUUGGGCAGCUGGGGGGGUGGUCUAGAGGCAGUGGGAGGGGGCGGGGGGUGAUGGGUGAGGAGGAGGAGGAGGAGGAGGAAGGAGGCCAUGUUGUGGAGGAGGAACCUGCGACGCCUCAAGGAUUUGUAUUCUCCCUUACUGCUCAUCUCCUUCAUUCCCAUCAGCCGCACCUUUCUUCCUAUGCUCUGCCCCACCUGCCCUUGCGCCUGUGUGCUCUCAGCCCAUCAGCAUGGGACAACCGCUUUGGGUUCACAGCCUCAGGGGUGGACUCGCCCUCUGUCUCCCAGGUCAGCGCUUCUCCUCACAUCAUGCCUCUGCCACUGCUUCACCCCUCUCCUCUCACCUGCCCCUCUCAACCCCGUUCUAUGCCUCCUUCUCUGUCUUCCAUGGAUUUCCAGCCCUCAGCCUUCGCCGCCCAGGACUUUGCCUCGGGAUUCGACCAUCAUUUCGAUGCCACAGGCUCGGGCUUCCGAGCCUCCAGCCAGUAUGACUCCAACUUCCGAGCUUCGAGUGAGUUUGACUCGCAUGCGCAUCCAGAAGACUCAGCUUCUGAGCAGUCAGGGCUGGGGUUUGGCCGCCCAGACGAUUACGCUGAGGUGGCUUCGGGCGGCGCUGCAGGAUUUGAUUCUGCUGCGGGGUUUGAUUCUGCAUAUGGAAGUGGGCGGGGCAGCGGUGUGUCGGCGUCGCGAUUUGAUGAGCAUGUGGGGGAGGAGGAUGCAUCGUCUGCAGACAACACUCCCAUGGCAGGCGCAGGGGGACACUUUUCUCAGCGCGGGUGGGGUGCUUUCUAA